UGUCCAGCAACCCUCCUAUUCCCCCCUCACAUCCACAUCCUAUUAUUGUGUGACCAAUACCAUCCAAAUCAUUCUUACUUUCAUUUCCCAAAGUUAUCCGUCUACAAGGAGACCUGUAUAGAUCACAUGAUGGCACCAAUGAGGAUGGAGGAGGACCGGAGUCACAUGACUGAGAAGAUACUAAACCUCACCCUGGAGAUCAUCUACCUGCUGACCGGAGAGAGAUUUCCUCUUCUGAAGUCAGGUGAUCAUAUGACCAUCACAGUGCCUCCAUGUGACUCCCUAAACCCUGAGAGACACAACAUGCAGAAGAUUCUAGAAGUCACCAAGAAGAUGAUGGAGCUGCUGACAGGAGAGGUUCCUAUAAGGUGUCAGGGUGUCACUGUCUAUUUCUCCAUGGAGGAGUGGGAGUAUUUAGAAGGACACAAGGAUCUCUACAAGGACGUCAUGAUGGACAAUCAGCCGCCCCUCACAUCACCGGAUGGAUCCAGUCAUGGGAACCCACCAGAGAGAUGUCCCCGUCCUCUGUAUUCCCGGGAUUCCACACAGGAAGGUCACACCAUCCCUCACCAUCAUCAGAGUGGAAACCUGAGAGAAUUUGAGGUUGAAGAAGAAGAGGCGUAUGUGAGGGAUGAUCAGCAGUCUAUGGAGGAGGAUGGAAUAACGGGGACAUUUAUAGAGGAGGACACUCCUACAGAGAUCAGCACAGGUGGGUCAUGAACACUAAAUCCA